GGCAGGGCAGCCAUGGAUUUCCAGUGCGGCGACGCGGCGCAGUGGACCCGAGCUCUCGCCGCCUACUCCGACCGCAUCGCGGCCCUCGACAAGCCCGACCUCCUCCCCCUCGACGACUUCUACCGCCGCCGCCUCCCCGCCCUCCUCCGCGGCCGGAGCCCCGACCCCUUCAUCACCCGCCCGGAGCUCGCCCAGCUCAUGCGGUGGAAGCUCGCCCGCGGCAAGUGGAGGCCGCGGUUGCUGGAGUUCGUGUCGUCGCUGGACGAGGAAGCGGUGGAGUCGUCCUCCCGGAAGGCCUUCGGGUCGCUCCCCGACGUGUCGAAGGCCGUGUCGGAGCUCACGGUCUUGAAGGGGGUCGGCCCCGCCACGGCGUCCGCCGUCCUCGCCGCGUACGCGCCCGACGUCGCCCCUUUCAUGUCUGACGAGGCUAUGGUGGCUGCUCUGGGACACUCCAAAGAUUACUCCUUGAAGCAGUAUUUGCUGUUCGCGGAGAAACUACAGGCUAAGGCAAAGGAAUUAAGCGCCGAGGGGCAGCUUUUCACACCAUCAGACGUAGAGAGGGCCCUGUGGUGUUCCGCUGUUGAGGCCAAGCUGGGAAACUCUCAGUCGGAUUCAGUCGCGAAGACUGAUGGAAACAAAAUGUCCAAGAGGAAAAGAAAAAGAUGAUUUGACGCGGCGGUCAACGACGUCAGGUGUUCGCUAGUCUUUGCUGCGUACUUGUACAUAAUGUAUGUUCGUGCUCCUGGUCCAGAUCGAGGAAAGACCACGAGCAACGCGAUUGCUUCCGGUUUUUUUGCUGAGGGAAAAGUUAUGGCAUCUCUCCUUCCUUCCACGGAACCCAGUCCACAGUAUGUCGCGGAAAAUUCUCCGGUCUCGCUUCACAUCCUACAUGUGAAGAAACCGCCAUCGGUUCACUAAUCAUAUCUAUCAUACAGACCAAGGCCAAAACGGAUUAGUUUGGGAAGUUGGGUCUUCAUUUCAUGGUAUUUUCCUCAAUGUUCCUCAUGAAAUUUGACCUUUCAAAACUUCUCGAACCGGCCCGGUGAAAGCCUUCGGGUGCGACGUCGAUUUCAGCCCGAUUUUCUCGAAACUAGGUUGGACAUGGACGUGUGGGUUAAUGUGAUUGGACAUGAAUGAAUCUCAAUGUUCAUAGGCCGAUGAUUGCUCGAUAAUCAAUUCCUUGAUUGAACGA